GGAGGAGCAACGCCGGGCUCUGGGAGCCAGGAGCGUCGGGUGCCUUGGAAACGGACGGAAGCCGGGAGGAGGCGGCGGCGACGAGAGGAUGCUGAGCCCCGAGCGGCUGCCUGGGCCCGAGUACCUCGCUCAAAGACAUGUCCUCACGUACAUGGAGGAUGCAGUGAGCCAGCUGCUGGAGAACAGAGAAGAUAUUAGUCAGUAUGGCAUUGCCAGGUUCUUCACUGAAUAUUUUAACAGCGUGCGUCAAGGAACACACAUUUUGUUCCGUGAGUUCAGCUUUGUCCAAGCUACCCCUCAUAACAGGGCAUCUUUUCUUCGGACUUUUUGGAGAUGUUUCCGAACAGUGGGGAAAAAUGGAGACUUGCUGACGGCACAGGAAUACCACUGCCUACUGCAGCUGCUCUGCCCUGACUUCCCAAUGGAACUCACUCAGAAAGCAGCAAGGAUUGUGCUGAUGGAUGAUGCUAUGGAUUGUCUGAUGUCUUUUUCUGAUUUCCUCUUUGCUUUCCAGAUCCAGUUCUACUAUUCAGAAUUCCUGGAAAGUGUGGCUGCUAUUUAUCAAGAUCUACUGGCUGGUAAAAAUCCAAAUACUGUGAUUGUGCCAACGUCAUCCUCUGGGCAACAUCGGCAGAGGCAACCCCCAAACGACUGCAAACUGCUUGAUGGGGUAGAGGCAUCUCUCUUCUACCAGUGUGUAGAGUCCUUGUGUGACAGAUCAAAAUACAGCUGUCCACCUUCUGCUCUUGUGAAGGAACUGCUGAGUACUGUGCAGAGAAUGACCUUCUCUGGGUUCCUUAUGGCACUUGCAAAGGAUCAGGGAAUCAACAGAGCCCUAGGGGCUUUGCCAGAUAAAGGAGAUUUGUUUCUGGACCCUGCCAUGGAUCAGGAACUUGAGAAAUUGGUAGCUCAGGUUUCAGGGCUUUCCAUCUCUGCUCCCACCAGCUCCAGCGGGGACACUGCUAAUUUUCACGUCCGUAACUCUCCCAGGAUAAACUCUCCCUGGAAACCUCUCCAUCAUCGUCGAAAAAUAGAUGCUGAAAGUGAAGGCUCCAAUGAAGAGACAGACUCCUCUGAAAACUGAAGCAACCAAACCAAGCUAAGUUCCAUGUUGAGAGCUGCACCUUCCCAAGCACAACUACCUUAGAUUUCCACAGAGCAAGUUACACACUCUGCAGUGUUCUCAACAUAUUAAAAGACAGAAAACGCUCUGAAAGAGAAUAUACAAAGUUGUUUCUAAUUACUGUUGUGCUCCCAGACUCUUGAUUUUUUUCAUAACGCAUCCUAGAAACAGUUUUCUGCUUUAUAUUCACAUGCCAUUUUCAGACAGCACACAGAGCUUCCAUUCCUUCAAGCCUGAAACAAGCCUUUCCAACUGUGAUACAGAACUGUGGUCUCCUGGAAAUGAAGUCAGGUUCUUGAGAAAAUUAUUCAGCAGAGAACUCACGUGAUGCUUCACUGCUUUCUGAUGACUUUGGUGCUUUUUCCAUUUCCAAGGAAGACUGUGCAGGAUUCUGGCUGGCAUCUGCUACAUCCCAGGUUCUGGAAGACUGUAAGGAGAAAAUCACUCUAAUGAUUUGCAGAGGAUGAAUACAUCUCAUAAACCUGAACUUACUUCUAGUUCAGAAGCCUUGAUUCAGCUUAAGGUUUAGAAACGUGUUCCAAACAACUGACUGUGCCCUCACUGAAGAUGACACAAGCCUAUGUUCCUUUACUGAGAUAAUAAAAUAAAAUAAAAUAAAAUAAAAUAAAAUAAAAUAAAAUAAAUAAAAUAAAAUAAAAUAGCAGAAUGGAAAACCACAAGGAAUAACAGAGCAUUGUACAAGCAGUUGAUCAAAUCCACUUCCACUGGAAACCCAACUAAACCAGAUGUUCAAAGUAAUAGCCAACCCUUGCUUUAACUGACCAGAGAGACCCUGCAUUAUCCAGGGAGAUUCCUUGAAGACGUUCUCAAAGAGAAAAGGUGCAGGUAUUGAGGAUCCAUACAGAAAUAUUUAUAUCUGUGGACUACAUUCCAGACUGAUGUCUGAAUGAAUCUUAGUUGUUCUGUGUUACUACUGAACGUGUGUACAGUUUAGAAUCCUAAACUAAGCAGAACUGCUCCUACUGCCAAUGCAGGUUCCUGGGCAAACAGCUGGUUACCUGAAAGCUGUUAAAGCUAUCUGGUUUAAGCAAUUCUUCCCACCUGUGUGUGUUCCAUGAAGAAAUCAGCAUCGCUCUUGUCAGGGGAAUGCCCAGGGGCUCCACUGAGUCCAUCUAUGAGCAACUGAAGAGAAGAGAAUUAAAAAGAAGCUAUCCUACAAGACUCAGCAUGAAGUGCUACGUGCCUAACAGUAGAGAACUGCUUGGACUUACAUCAGUGCCGUACUUGGCCAUGGCAGCACUUGCCAGCUGCCGGAUCUUCUCUCUGUACAUCUGGGCAGCUCGACUGUUAUACUUAGCAUUGGCAUCUGUUGUAGUGCAGCCAUGCUGGUGGAAGAAAGCAGUCUAAAAAGAGAAGAACAUUUAGUCUCCUUGCUGCUAUGUCAUACUCAAGCAGCAAUUAGACAUGGCACAAAAACUACAAGAACGAGAAGCUUCCCAAAGACAGGAGAUACAAUACUGAGCACAUGGCAUGAAGCUUGCACUGAUCAACUCAGUUUCCCCCAAGAAGUCUCAUUCAAACCCCAGAGGGAUGUGAACAAUCCCUUUCAUUCCCAGAGGAACGCUUCUGUCACCAUGCUGAGCAAGAGCUGCCCAAGUGAUCAGUGUUACUAACUCCUUUUGAUUAAGGGGACCAUGCCCUUCAUAUAAAGAAAGUGUCAGUAAAUGACUGAUCUGCAUACCAGAAAACAAUACAUGUAUAGGUCGCAGGCUGACUUCUAAGUGCACCUAACAAAUGCCUGGCCUCAUUACACGUU